AUGGGUGAAAAAACUCUUUGCGAACUUAUUUCUAUAUUCAAGUUCUUGCGCACCUUGAAUUGCUAUGAUAGUGGUAUUGAGAAGUUACCAAGUUCCAUUUGUGAGUUGAAGCACUUGACAUUUCUAGAUCUCUCUAAAAAUGAAGGAAUCAUAAGGCUUCCUGAUUCUGUGACAAGAUUGCAAAACUUGCAAGUACUUAAACUCAACAUGUGUUGCAAGCUAAUAGAGUUGCCAAGGGAUAUAAGAAAAUUGGUCAACCUCAGGCAACUGGAGAUUAGCAACUGUAAUGCCCUAUCUCAUAUGCCACAUGGGUUGGGCCAGUUGACUCUUUUGCGCACUUUAACAGAUUUCCUUUUGCCUGGGGAUGAUUAUUGUCCAAAGAAUUAUGGUGGGCUGGGGGAGUUGAACAGGUUAAGCCAUUUGAGAGGAUGUCUGAAUAUCGAAGUUAAGGGAGAAAAAGAAGAUGCAGUAGCAGAAUCAAAUGCUGCGAACUUGAAGGAAAAGGAUUCCUUAGUUUCACUAGUAUUAGUGAUGCAAAGUCUCCCACCACUUGGUGAGCUUACGAGCCUCAAGCGUUUGGAAAUUGGUGAGCUACCUAUAGUGGAGUACACAGAAAGUGAUCUUCAUGCCCUCUCGUCACUUCCUAAUCUCUCUGCACUAAGGAUAUGGGAGUGUCCUAAGAUGGAAUGGAUUCCACCCCUUCUACAUAUCAAGGAGUUGAAACUUCCUAGUUUUCCUUUGGAGUCGUUGCAAACCUCAGUUGCCACUAUUGAACAUGUAAUUGGUAUGGAUGAUCAAGUGAAGGAUGUACUCAAGUUAUUGGAAAUAGAUGAUGAUGAGGUUGGAGUGCGCAUUGUUGGAAUCCAUGGAACUAAUGGAAUCGGCAAGACAACUAUUGGAAAGGCCGUAUACGACCGACUCUCCUCUUAUUUUAAUAGUUGUAGCUUUCUCACAGAGAUUGGAGAAACAACACAAAAUGUUGGUGGUAUUCAGUUUGUGCAAACUAAGUUGAUUUAUGAUAUUCUUGAGCGAGAUGGGGAUGUUCUUCUUUCAAAAGAGUCUCAUCUAGAUGAUCUUGUAAGAGACCUGCUUAACUGGUUUGGUUCUGGAAGUCGGAUACUUGUUACUUCAGAAAAUAGUGGAAUUCUCCACACAUAUGUUUCUCAAGGCCUGGCCCGUAUUUAUGAAUUGAAUUAUAUGGAUAGCAAUCGAGCUCUUGAACUUUUCCACAAGCAUGCUUUAGGAUCACACGGUUUAAUACCUGGCUAUCCUGAAAUUGGGAAGCGGAUUGUCAAAGCUAUGGGACGUGUUCCAUUUAUUGAAGUUAUCGGUUCACUUCUGCGUGGUAAAACAAUAGAAGAUUGGAAGAAGAUAGAGGACUUGAUAAAACCAUGGAAGGAGAACUCUCAAGAGAUUUUGAAGGAUUGUGGGGAGAUUUUGAAAAUCUGUUAUAAAGCAUAG